UCCAAAGUAGUAUUCGGAGUCGAUCGAACAGAUUGUAGCGGAGAAAAUAUCACAGCAAGCCAUGGCGGACCCGAUGGAACAUUUGCUUGCCCUUAAGGUGAUGCGCCUGACGCGGCCAACCCUCAUCAGUCCCCAGGUGCUGACGGCCGAACCGAAGGAUUUACCGCAGCAUUCGUUUGAAAAGAUUAUUAAAAACGAUGCUACCUCGGUGGCGGACUGUGAGACGAUUACCGCCGGCCAGUUUAUGCUGCUGCCGCAGAGCUUCGGUAACAUUUACCUCGGGGAAAUGUUUUCCAGCUACGUGUGCGUGCACAACUGCCGCUCGCACCCGGUUUCGAAUGUUUCGGUAAAAGCCGAUCUGCAGUCGAACAACAAUCGCCUUAGCCUGCCGAUCCACGCCGACAAGACGGGCCCGGUUACGCUGAAUCCGGAGGAAACGAUGGACGAUGUGAUACACCACGAGGUGAAGGAAAUCGGAACGCACAUUUUGGUGUGCGAAGUAUCGUACAUGACGCCGGCCGGAUUGGAGAAGUCGUUUCGGAAGUUUUUCAAAUUCCAGGUGGUCAAACCACUGGACGUGAAAACCAAGUUCUACAACGCGGAAACGGAUGACGUGUAUCUCGAGGCACAGAUACAGAACAUCACCGUUGGGCCGAUCUGUCUCGAGAAGGUGGAACUGGAAAGCUCGGAGCAGUACACGGUGGUAUCGUUGAACACUCUAUCGACCGGCGAGUCGGUUUUCUCCUCGAAAACGAUGCUACAACCGCAGAACAGUUGCCAGUUUCUGUACUGCAUCCGACCGAUACCGGAGAUCGCACGCGAUCCGAACGCUCUGAAGGCAGCCAACAACAUCGGUAAGCUGGACAUCGUGUGGCGGUCGAAUCUGGGAGAACGUGGCCGUCUGCAAACCAGCCAGCUGCAGCGAUGUCCCCUCGAGUACAGCGACCUACGGCUGAUCGUGAUCGAAGCCAACAGUACCGUACGCAUCGGCGAGGGCUUUAGCUUCCGGUGUCGCGUGACGAAUACGAGCGAACGGUCGAUGGAUCUACUGAUGAGUCUCAACACGAAGGCAAAACCCGGCUGCGGGUAUACCGGGGUGACCGAGUUCGCGCUGGGUGCGUUGGAACCGGGCCAGAUGAAGGAAUUCCCCCUAACCGUGUGCCCGGUGCGGCUGGGGUUGAUCGUGAUCUCGAACCUGCAGCUGACGGACGUGUUCACGAAGCGCAAGUACGAGUUUGACAACUUUCUGCAAGUAUUCGUCGUGGAGGAGGACUACCGGGAGGACGACUUUCAGGUGGACAAGUACGUACGCUAUAGCAUUCCGGCCACCGUGUAGACGGGUUCCGUGCCCGUUCCAUUGGCCCAACUCGCAACAGGAUUAUUAGCGAUUAAAGUGAUACAGUUUCGGUGCAAUCGAUGGCGCUGUUUGGGGGUUUGGGACAUUUAUUUAUUUGUUAAAAUCUAAUAAAACAGCAGCACGAGAUUCCGAUCGUGUACGUCUGUUUCACCA